AAACUUCUAUCUGUCAAAGUUGUCAAAUUCAUCAACAACAAAUCAAAAAAGAUUGCGUGUGGUAGUGGACGUGUUAGUGUUUAAAAUUAUUAAAAUAGCAGAUUUCUCUUAUAAAAUCACAUAAAGUGAAGGGAAAUAUGCUUCGUAAAUAAAAGUUUAAGUGCUAGGCGAUUGUGUACGUUAUUAAAUUAACGGUCCAACAUAAUGUCUUCCCCGUCGAAGAAACGUCUGAAAAGGCAGACAUGGUGCAAAAGACUGAUACACAAACGAGUCCCGAUAGCGAGCUGGCUUCCACUGUACAACUCCGAGAAGGGAGUGGCGGAUUUCAUAGCUGGAGUCACAGUCGGUCUGACAGUCAUUCCACAAGCGUUAGCUUAUGCAACACUGGCUGGCUUGGACCCUCAGGAUGGCCUGUACUCUUCCUUCAUGGGAUGCUUCAUCUACACAAUAUUUGGGUCAUGCAAGGACAUCACUCUAGGCCCCACAGCCCUGAUGGCGCUCAUGACGUACCAACAGAUCCAGAAUAGAAACGCAGACUAUGCUGUACUCCUGUGUUUCUUGACUGGCGUAGUGCAGUUCAUUAUGGGCAUAUUACAUUUAGGCGUACUGAUAGACUUUAUAUCGGUGCCGGUCACCGUGGGCUUCACAUCGGCCACCUCUGUCAUCAUAGCUGUGUCACAGAUUAAAAGCCUUCUAGGCUUGCAGUUUAAGUCGGGAGGAUUUUUGGACACUGUAAAGCAGGUGGUAAUAAAUCUACCAAACGCGCGGUUGGCUGACAGUGCACUAGGAAUAUCGUGCAUUGUAAUUCUUUUAUUAAUGCGUAAAUUGAAAGAUCUAAACCUUCCCUCCGGCCGCAAAGGGUUAAAAAAGACCCUUUGGUUGCUUUCAACGUCAAGAAACGCCAUAGUAGUGGUCCUAUGCUCAGUGGCAGCCUUUGUGAUGGAACAGAAUUCUGGGUCUUCGUUUAAACUGACUGGAACUGUAAGGGAAGGUCUUCCGUCAUGGUCGGUCCCGCCUUUCGAGACGUCAUUUGGAGGCCGGAACGUCACGUUCAUAGAGAUGUGCUCAGACCUCGGCUCCUCGAUAGUUUUGGUCCCUGUCAUCGGUGUGCUGGGAAACGUAGCUAUUGCUAAAGCUUUUGCAAGUGGAUCAACAGUGGACGCGACGCAAGAGUUGCUAACGCUGUCUCUUUCCAACGUCCUCGGCUCGUUUGUUGGCGCGAUGCCUAUCACUGGGUCUUUCUCCAGAAGUGCUGUGAACCACGCCAGUGGUGUGGCUACGCAAAUGGGCAGUGUCUAUACAGGGGUGCUAGUGCUUCUGGCCCUGAGUCUACUCACGCCAUACUUUUAUUACAUUCCGAAGGCGUCGCUUGCCGCCGUCGUAAUAUGCGCUGUGAUAUUUAUGAUAGAAUAUGAGGUAGUUAAACCGAUGUGGCGGUCUAGGCGAGCUGACCUUGUACCUGCGUUCGCUACGUUCGCCAUUUGUCUAGCGGUGGGGGUGGAAUUGGGCAUACUGGCUGGGGUAGCUGUCAACGUCAUACUGCUGUUGUACCCCAGUGCAAGGCCGCAGCUUGACGCUGAGAUUGUCACGAAUUCGUCAGGUUUCAGUUACGUGUUGGUGACUGUUGGCAACAGUCUAUACUUCCCCGGAGUGGAGUAUAUUCGGCAGUACGUAGAGCGAGCCGCUAAGAAGCAGGGCGGUUGCAGCAUGCCGAUCGUCAUUGACUGCAGAUAUGUGCUAGGCGCCGACUUCACCGCUGCCAAGGGAAUCUGCGCGCUAUCCAGUUCUUUAUCAGCGCGCGGGCAGCCGCUGGUGCUGCUGUCGCCGCGCGCCAGCGUGGCCGCGGUGCUCAGCGGCGCGGGCUCCGACGCGCUCGUCGUGCUCACCGCGCCCGAGCUGGACGCCGCGCUGCAAGACCUGACCGGCAACAUUGCAUUGCCGCUGAUAAAAGAAACGCGAAACGCCACCCCACCACCAAACUACGAUUCGAUCCGGCAGCCAGAUGAUGACGUCACAGAAGUAGUUAUCGCCGAAUCCAGAAACACUACGCCCUUAUUGAACGGCAAUCGCGAUGCGCACGCGCACAAAAUCAAUGGCACGUGACCGGAGACUGAAGUUGGAUCGACUAGAUUCAACGAAUCGAAUAGAAAAAGCCUAGCCUGGACGAAACAGUGGAGUUCUUCGGUAUAAGUGAUCCCUGAAUAUUAAAAUGCAUUCGAAUUAUUCAAUUUCAAUGAAUUUAUAAAGUGAUCUCGUCGUUUUUGACGUCAUUUAGUGUGCUAUAAUUAAUGUUUUAAAUAAUUCCAGCUAUAAUGACCAACUAUCCUGUUUCUGUCGAGUCUACCAUAAUUUUAUCGUAAGAGUGAUCUACGCACGUUUAUUUAACGCCAUGUUUUACGAAACAACACUUUUCUAUUACUCAAGUAUGCACAAAAUGGUAAAAUCUAUUCUCUGAAACCAAAAUCUCAAUAAAGUUUUAACUUAAUAAUGCACACAAUGCAAGCACACUUAUAAAACCUUAAUAUUUUCUUUUUUAUAUUGUUUUCGUGUGGAAAGUUAAAAUAAAUAAUCGCCCAAUUUUCCGAUCACUUCAUAAGUAUAAGUAAAUACAAUUUUGUAAGUAGUUAGAUACUUAAUUAAUCUACUAGAAAAUAUCACUUAUUGUGAUUCUUUUAUACUUUUAGUAUUGAAUCUAUACAAGACUUUAGUGGUGAGUGACAAAAUAUAGUUUUAAGAUAAAGUACUAAUGGCAAUUGGAAUGUUAGUUACCAAAGAUGCGUGUUCAGCCAAGAUACAGUCAAGUUUUAUGUACGAAUAUGACCCCUUUGUCCUAGCAGUAUCCUCAAGAAUAACAUUGUUUUGGCAAAAUAAUAUGUCCCUUACAAUCUUUUUCAUAAGACACAUUUAUU